AUGGCAACGCAGACGCAGAUAGAAUACCUCGCCGAGCCCUCUGGCGCCCAUGGCGAGGCCAAGUCCCGGUCGGUAUUGACGGCCAACAACACUGCCGACACCACGUCUCCCAGUAUGGUGAUUGAACUCGGCCGGAUCCGAAGCAGACAGGUCGACCCUGCCGAGUCUCCCACCCGCCAUGAUUUAGGUGGUCUGCCGGAAGAGCAAGGCAGCCCGGCUCGUCUACUGCCACAGGGCGUACCGCCCGAGCUGCCCAACCUCAUGGCCGAGAUUGUCUUUGUCCUCGUCUGCACGGCGGGCCAGCUAAUCUUCUCCCUGACUCUGGGCCACAUCACCGUGAAUCAGUUUGUCUUCCAAAAGGCUCUAGGCAUUGUGCCUUCGCAGAUUCCUUGGCUGGUUGGCUCGUCCAGCCUGGCCAGCGGUCUGUCCGUCAUCAUCUUUGGCCCGCUGGCCGAUUUGGCUCCGCCGAAACCUCUCAUGGUUGCAGCCUUUCUGUGGGAAGCCGUCUGGAACGCCGCGUCUGCGCUGGUCAUCUCGCCAAAGCUCAAGAUUUUCUUCUUCGUGUCGCGGGCCAUGCAGGGAUUGGCCGUCGGCGUCCUCGUCUCGACCUCGAUGAGCAUCCUGGGACGAGUGUACAAUCCUGGCAUACGCAAGACCCGCGUCUUCUCCAUGAUGGCAGCCGGUGCGCCGUUUGGAUUCUGGGUCGGAGCCAUGCAGGGCGGUGCCCUCAGCUCCCAUUUACCCUGGAUCUUUGGUAGCACAUCGCUGUUCCUCUGCGCUUGUGCCGCGGCCGCAUAUUUUACCAUCCCUCCUCUAGUCCCUGCCAGGGACAGCAACUCGAUCGAUGUACCAUCAAUCAAGCAGUUUGACUACAUUGGUGCAACUCUGGCGUCUCUCGGCAGCGGAUUGAUCCUUUUUGGGCUUACACAAGGCUCGUCUGUGCAGUGGAACCCCUACACCUAUUCUCUUGUCAUUGUAGGAUGUCUCAUGCUGCUUGCGUUUUAUUUCUCUGCUCCUCAUGUAAAGCGACCACUCGUGCCUCAUGGAAUCUGGAAAAUACCAGGCUUCGUUCCCGUCUUGGUUGCCUACAUUUUUGGUUACGGUGGCUACUCUGGUGCUUGGCAAUUCUAUGCCAUUCAAUUCUGGAUCCGCUAUCAAGGUGCUUCGCCUCUUAGGGUAGCGCUAUACCUUGUUCCCAAUGCUCUGGUCGGGGUUGCUGCCGUGUGGCUCGUGUCUAGAACGCUUCAUGUCCUCCCCGGCCACUGGAUCCUGGCGACGAGCAUGGUCUUCUUUGGCAUCGGAAACGUCUUUUUUCUUCCGCAACAACCAAGCACCUCGUACUGGGCGCUGUCCAUGCCAGCUGUGGCUUUGGCGUCGCUUGGCCCAGACAUGAGCUUUGCGGCGGCGACCAUCUUCAUCACCUCUAGUGUGCCCAGAUCAUACCAAGGCUCAGCGGGCAGCUUGUUGGUGACGGUUCAGAACUUGACACUCGCUAUAAUGACGUCGGUGUCCGACUCCAUCGGAAUCAAGGUUGACAAGUUGCCGUCCGGAGAGAUUGGCUUGGAGGGCAUGCGCGCUAUUUGGUGGUUUGGCUUGGCCUUGUCUCUUGUAGCGGCUCUGAUUGCGGCCACAAUGGUCCGAAUUCCCAAGGCGGAAGAGAAGGAGCACGUACAGUAA